GUGAUUUGAUUUACAACAAAAUGGACAGUGAUGGAUGUAGAUUUUAUGCCAUCUGUAAUUCAAGAUGUGAAAUUGAACGGUAUACUUCGGAGUGUAAUGUUACUACUCCUCUCACUACUACUUCCCCUGAAUGGUCUACGGGUACAACAUCAGCUCCUUUGCUUACCACUUCUGGAACAACUAUUUUCCCCGGUUGUGUUUCUUCUACUUACCCUCCCCUACAGCCUGGAGAAAGAUACAAAUUAUCCAACUGUACAGAACUCAUCUGCAAGGGAGACAACAAUGUGGAAAUAGUCCCAAUACACUGUCCACCUGUAAAGGAGAUUACCUGUGCGAACAAAUACCCAGCAGUACUGGUACCUGAUGAAAAUGGCUGCUGCUACCACUAUGAGUGUCAAUGUGUGUGCAGUGGAUGGGGUGAUCCUCAUUAUAUUACGUUUGAUGGCAUCUACUAUACCUUCCUUGAAAACUGCACCUAUGUCCUGGUGAAACAGAUUGUACCGAAAUACGACAACUUCCGUGUUUACAUUGACAAUUAUUACUGCGAUGCAAAAGAUGGACUUUCCUGCCCUAAAUCCAUUAUCAUCUUCUACAAAUCAGCAAAAGUGGUGCUGACCCGUGAACUCGUGAAUGGCGUGAUGACUAAUGUGAUGUACUUCAACAACAAGGUGGUCAAACCAGGCUUUAAGAAAGAUGGCUUUUCCUUCUCCACACUUGGCAUCAAUAUGAUCGUUGAAAUACCAGAGCUUGGUGCAACCAUCACCUUUAGUGGGAUGAUAUUCUCUGUGAAACUCCCAUUCAGCAAAUUUGGCAACAACACCGAAGGACAGUGUGGAACAUGCACAAACAACAAGUUAGAUGAGUGCCGCUUACCGAAUGGCAAGAUCAUUUCUUCAUGUCCCCAAAUGGCUCAUCACUGGAUCGUUGAUGAUGACAAGUCAUGCCAUGGAUUACCAGUACCACCAGUUGUAACCACACCUCCACCCAAGCUUCCAUGUGAAACACCUCCUCUCUGCAAGCUUAUCUGGAGCGAGGUUUUCGAAGCUUGCCAUGCCAUCAUACCACCAGAACCAUUUUUCAAAGGCUGUGUCUUUGAUGGAUGUCGCAUAGGAGAGGAAUCCAUGCAGUGUUCCAGUUUGGAGAUCUAUGCUACAGAGUGUGCUAGCAGAGGUGUCUGCAUUGACUGGAGGAAAAAGACCAACAACAUAUGUCCAUACAACUGUCCAGCAAACACGGUGUACAAGCCAUGUGGCCCCAUUAAUCCUCCUACCUGUGACCAAAGCCUCAUCCAGCUCCCCGGCUAUGGAGUAACUGAAGGAUGCUUCUGUCCGGAAGGAAAGACACUCAUGAGUAAAGACAACUUCAUCUGUGUCUCUGAAUGCUUCUGUAGGGAACCAAGUGGAGUCACUAGAUUGCCAGGAGAAAAAUGGACAGAAGAUUGCCAGGAAUGUAUCUGUGACAAAUAUACUCUUCAAGUACACUGUACAAAACACAGAUGUCCUCUGACCCAGCAAGUCAUCUGUGAUGAACCAGGUUACAUGCCUGUUCAGCCUGGAGCUCUUGUCCCAUCAGGCCCAUGUGAAGAAUGUACCUGCUCUGAAUCCUCUCACCAUCCCACUGUCAAGUGCCAGCCUGUUAUCUGUGACACAUACUGCCCGGAGGGUUACAAGUACACCAAGGAGCCCGGGCAGUGCUGUGGCACCUGCAAGGCAGUGGCUUGUAUCGUGACUGUGGGAGGCAACAUCACACACGUGCUCCAUGUUGGAGAAUUCUGGAAGCCACCUGGUGAUAACUGCACAACUUACACGUGUGAAAAAUAUGGUGACCAGUACAUUAAAGUUGUCUUACAGAAAAGAUGUCCUGCCUUGGACUGUGAGCCUGAUGACAUGAGGCUCUCUGACGAUGGCUGCUGUCAAGAGUGUCGACCAAAACCACAGACCUCAGCUUGUAGGAAGCACAACACUACCAGUGUCAUCAGGCGUGGUGGGUGUGUGUCUCCUGCACCCGUGGAGCUGACGUACUGUGAAGGCAGCUGUGACGCCUACUCCCGGUACUCCCUAGAGGCGAACACAAUGGAACACAAGUGCUCCUGCUGUCAGGAAACCAAGACCAGCCAGAGGAAGGUGACUCUGAGGUGCAACGAUGGCACCUCCAUCAACUACUCCUACACCUACGUGGAGAGCUGCAACUGUGUGACUGCUGACUGCAUCCCCCAAGACAGCACCCAGCAGGGAAUAAAGCAGCCACCCAUCUCUCAGGAACAAGUGAAAGGCUAA